CACAUAUUAUGUGUACUACGACAAUCUCGGAUACCCAAUUUGCCAAACCACUAUAUUUUGAAAAGAUGGACAAGAGAUGCUAAACUGGAUUUUGUUUAUGAUGCGAGUGAUGUGGAGUUAAAUAGAGAGAAACAUGAAUCGUAUGCUCUUCAAUAUAACAAUUUGUUAGACAUUUCUAGAAAUCUUGUUAAAGAAAGCGCUAAUUUUAAAGAGACAUAUCAUAUGUGUAAAGAAGGGCUACAAGAUAUUCUCAAACGAGUUCAAGAUCAAAAGUUGGUUGCUGGUGAGACAUUGGUGCUUAAAAAUAAGAAACAAAUAAAGAAAAUUACUAAAGUAAUCAUUAAAGACCCGGUGCAUGCUAAAACUAAAGGAAGUGAAAAAAGAUUAAUUUCUGAAAGGGAAAAGGUUGCUCGUAAGAAAGAUAAAAGAAGAUGCAAUGGAUGUAGGAAGUGGGGUCCUGGCCAUGACAAACGUAAUUGUCCAAUAUGGAAAAAACUAAUAAGAUCUCCCACGUGCCAAGAACCAUCAAUGAAUGAAGUUGAUAUGCGUGAAGAACCAUCAUAUGACGAGGUUGAUAUGCGUGAAGAACCAUCGGAUGACGAGGUUGAUAUGCAAGAAGAACCAUCGGAUGACGAGGCUGAUAUGCAUGAAGAAACAUUAAAUGAUGAGGUGGAGACGUUAGGUCAUGACACACCACUAUUUUAA